ACUCUCAACACUUCAACUUCUAUCUCAUCUCUAUAAAAAUAACCUUUUCAGGAUUUUGCUCAUACAGCAGUCCCAAUAAAACCUCUCAUCCAAUUUCAACAAAUCCAUAAAAAUGGUGAAAGACAACGAAACAGUAAUCCAAGAGUUCAAUGAGCUAGUCAACAUGUCAGCCUCCGAACUCGAACAAUGGCUCAAAUCAGAAGACUCCACAUCCUCGGGCUGGAGCAAGGACGAUGGAAGCGGGGAGACGGUUGGACAUGAUAGUGGAAGAAAGAUAAUCGAAAUCUUGAAGAAGAAUCCUAAGAAAGAUCCAGAGGGUUAUGAACAAGAUGAUAUCGAUCACAUGCGGAAAGUGGUUGCGUAUUGCAAGAGACAUCUGGCUCAGGAGGAGAAAGCGAAGAAGGAUACAGAUAGUAAGAGCUAUAAGAGUUUGAAGAAUUGGGGACAUGAUGCUUUGAAGGCUUGA